GAAUCCUCGACGGUUUUCAGUUAGCGCUGGUUGUUUCGAUAGUUCGGUUGGUGGUUCGCCGCCUCGCUGUGUUGCGUGUGUGCUUUCUCGAGAUUUUUUCUUGAAUUUGAUGCUGCGACGUCUUUGAGAAUCCCAGCCUGCAGGUGAGCAAGUCUCCAGUGAUUAAGUGCAGCAGCUGACCUGAAACUGCCGAGUGCGAGUGAGCGUUGCGGGAAAAUCAGUGGAAAUUGCUGCGAAGGUUCGGAGCCCCGAUAGCCGUGUCCAGCGAGUCCUUUCGCGGCGCGCGAACGGCGUUUGAAAUCAACACUCCCAGCGGAAGUGCAUUAACUAGUGGCGGACGCUGCGGGCGUCCUGGUGGGAUAGGGAUCAAACAGUGGCGGUUGAUUGUCUGAGCGAGGAUACCAGUGAGCUGUUGGGAGCUACUAUGCGGAUUUCGGGAGUGGCGCGGUGAUGGUGCCGCGGAAGUAGUGCGUGGAGCAAGUUCGCGGAAUUGAGUUGUGACGCGAAAUUAAUAGAGUGCAUCAUCGCAGCCGUGGAAAUGCCCCUAGAAACACGUGUGAGCCCGAGUCAUUCACAGAAGCCGCGAGUUCAAAAUGUGACCAUGGAUUACCAGUGCGAGCGCGACAGUGAGUAAUCAGCACCGACUGUAACCGUUAAGAAAGUGAUGGAAAGCGUGAAAAUCACCGAGCAUUUAGUGUAACUUUUCUUUUUGGGAAUUAUUAGUUUUUCGUUUGUUGCAAGUCGUUUUAUUUUUUUCACUUCUGCCUGAAUUCGCGGAGAAAUAAAGGUGAAAAAUGGCCGUGAGCUGCUCAGUAAAAUUACCGACGAACAAACGCGUGUUUGAGCGCGCGAGUUCAACAAGGAUAUCGAUCCUGGCCCUGCUGAUGCACACCGUGGUCGUGUGCGGAUCGCGAGGGUCACAAGGCGAAACAAGCAACGGGAGUGGUCCCGGCGACGAGAACUCUCUGGGGAAUAGCGUCAUGCAUCGAGGAAGCGGCCCGGAGAGCACCAGCUAUCACAGUCCCCGAAACUACCCCAACCCUCAUACGAACAAUUUAAUGAUGAUCGGGCUGAGUAGUUGCCAAACAGUUUGCGCCUGCAAGUGGAAGGGCGGCAAGCAGACUGUGGAGUGCAUUGAUCGCUCCUUGAUCACGAUCCCAGAGAACAUCGAUGCAUCGACUCAGGUCCUGGAUAUGUCUGGGAACAACCUGCAGAUCCUCCCCCACGAACAGUUCAUCCGAGCGAACUUGCUCAAUCUGCAGAAACUUUACCUGAGAAAUUGUCGAUUGGGGCAGAUCGACGAUCAGGCCUUCAAGGGCUUGACAAACCUGGUCGAGUUGGAUCUGUCCCACAACCUCCUCACAGCGGUUCCUUCUACGAUGCUGAGCUACAUCCCCUCGCUAAGGGAUCUGACGCUUGCCUCGAACCCUAUCCAGAAGAUCGAGAGCCACUCGUUCAAGACCAUUCGAAGCUUGAACAAAUUGGACCUCUCCCAUUGUGACAUUCAAACCGUGGCACCGCAAGCAUUCGAUGGUUUGGAUGCAUUGCAUUCACUCAAGCUGAACGGGAACAAGUUAAUGGAGUUGCAACCAAGAACAGUUGAGACGCUGAGUGAGUUGCAUGGCGUGGAAUUGCACGACAAUCCAUGGAUGUGUGAUUGUCGACUGCGUGCAGCCAAGAUAUGGCUGACAACCAACAAUAUCCCAUACCCUGUAGCCCCCGUGUGUGCUGGGGGCCCUGAACGUGUUAUUGAUCGGACGUUCUCUGAACUUCACGUUGAUGACUUUGCAUGUCGCCCUGAAAUGCUCCCCGUCAGCCACUACGUGAAGUCGGUAGCCGGAGACAAUGCGUCGAUCACCUGUAAGUCCUCAGCGAUCCCGGCACCCAAUGUCAACUGGUACUGGAAUGGAAGACUGCUAGUCAAUGGAUCUACCUUCAGCACCUACCAGAGGGUUUACAUAUUCGAGGACGGCCAAUUCGAGAAGCGAAGUCGACUAGUCCUGACCAACUCACAGGAGACUGACUCCAGCGAAUUCUACUGCGUAGCAGAGAACAAAGCCGGCACUGCGGAGGCAAACUUUACGCUUCACGUUUCAAUGCGAGCAGCCGGGAUGGCCUCCCUAGGAAGCGGUCAGAUAGUAGGUUUAAGUGCGGCAUUAGUUAUAUUAAUCCUAUUCGUUUUGCUCAUAAUCCUCUUCCUGCUGGUCCGGCUGAAGAGGACGCCGUUCAUUGAAAGUAAAACGCCAAAUCAUUUAGAAGUAAUCACGGCGGUAAACCAGCAGAACUCGAUCAGCUGCAAACAGCAACCUUCGAUGAACAAUAUAGGAGGUGGCCCCCAUACGAAUGCCCUUGAGGUUAGUGGCAUGGAGCACAAAAUCGGCGGGAAUAGCAACGAUGUUAAUAACCCAGCCAAUCCUGUACAGAAGCCACCCAGACUGACUGACUUGGCGUACACGACAUCAAACUAUGACAAUAGUGGGAGCGUUCUUUCCGGCGCUUCGUGUUUUGUAUCACCAACAGCGUCGGCUGGAAACAAUCCCGAUUUGAUAAACGAUACCAAACGCUUUGGCAGCGGAGAUUUUGCCGAUUUGAAGAUACCCUCGGUGCUUAGCUCAAAAGACUGCUUGGAUCCGAUAAGUGCGGCUGCGACUCUUGGGGGUAUCGAGCGGCCAGGUAGCGGUGAAUACAGCAGAGCAGGCGGUUGUGACUCGCUCUACCCUUCUGGAUUAUGGGAAAGCAAUCAUCAGAACCACUCGGAUGACAUGUACCUAAAACGAGCCACAAGCACAACAAUCCCCGGGUACAGCUACACUGACAAGACCCCAAUUAUAGACAAUACGCAAAUGUAUGAUAUGCACGAAAGGACCUCAGAUUUCCUGAGCAAAACCUUCCCAAGGACACACUUUGGGGCACCCAUGUCAUCAGCGUCGGCCACGUCUUCAAUUCCGGGCGGAAAUGGUUCGACAGCAACCACUGCAACAACCCUGUCUGCAUCGUUAGGCGGCAGUGUGGGCAGUGGCUAUCCCUCAGACUACGGUCUUCCACUAGUUCCCGGUGCUGAACAACACAUUCAACACACAUUUCAGCAAUUCAACCACAACAAUAAUAGCGUAACAGCUUUAGGUUCAACUAAUGGCAUCACCAGCAGUAAUAACAACAAUAAUAGUAGUAGUAAGCUGUGCACAUCCCUAUCGUCAUCGUCAACGUCAGCAUCAACGUCAAUCCCGUCGACAUCGACAACGUCUCCAUCAACAAAUCCUCUGGUCACAUCAAAUCACCAUCAUCAGCUACCCGCAGUUCUACCGAAUGGUAUGCCAAUUAAUGCUAAAACAAUACGCGUUUGGCAAAAAGGUGGUGUACCCGUGCUACCACCUGUCACCGCCUUAAAACGUGCUUUAAUUAGUAGCAGUCGAAAUUCACCGGAUGAGGGCUACCAGGAAGGUUGCGGCACUGAUGUUUAGAAAUUAUGGGAUAUAAAACCAGAUAUGCAAAGCACAUGUAAAUAAAAAAAACUCACAAAGCGUACAGAUUUCUUCCGUUUACAUUGCCUAAUUCCACCAGAUCGUCGUGAUUCUCCUCCAAAAAAUUUCGCGCUUCUUUCAAACAUGAAACGAGAUUACAAGAAAUGCAUUUCGUUUUUUACUAUGUAUUAUAAAGUGAUUAAAUCUAAAACUAUAAAAUUAAAAAAAAAAGAAGAAAAAAAAAACUGAGGAAAGAAACGAUUUUGUGAUAGUGUAUGUAAGGAGUUAGGUAUUUAUUACUAUAAAUAGGUUAAACUUAGAAUUUAAUUAAAUAAAGAUAAUAAUAAAAACUGUGUUAUACCUAAAAACGAAACUUUGUACUUAAGGGAGAGAAAAAUUAUGAAGGAACGAAAGAAAAAUGUGAAAAAGGACGAACAAAUGUUUGAAAGAACGCAAAUACCAAUUAUAUGUACCAGGCUAGAUCUGAUGUGUUGCUACAGUUUUGAAAUGAAACAAUAAAAUAAAUAAAUAACAAUGGUAUCUUUAGUAAACGUACUUACGUAAAACAAUGUGUAUGUAUUUUACCGGGAAAAAAAAUAAUAAAUGUACAGUAAAAUAAUUUGUAUCUAAUGAAUGGAAAAUGAUAAAAGUUUUGGAAAAAUCUUUCGAGAAACAGAAUAAUAAUCCAACUGAAAUAAUCCAAUAAAAACGGCAAACUGUCGAAUCAGACCUAACUUUUUUACACAUCCAGAAACUGGGGAUUUGGUCACUUGGUGCCAUCUUAUGAGAUUCAUUCAUAAUCCCCUCAUUUAAAUCUUAAAAGAACGUUUUGUGAGCAGCUCAUCAGUCACAAAGUGAAGCAACGUACAACAGAAACUGGCUCAGACCUAAUAAAAUAUCUUUUUGAAAAAGCGGAUUAUUCAGUGCUUAAAAAUCAAUACACAAUCUGAAUGGCUUGUACGAAACGCUCUGCGUGUAUGUAAAUAAAUAGUCAAACUGAACCACAAAUAUGACAAAUUUCAAAUUCGAAAAGAAUAAAAAAAAAAGAUAAAAUAUUUGUUAGAUACGAUGUCAUCAUCCCCUCGGAAUAAAGAUUGUAAAUUAACGAACUUACCAUUUCGUCGAUACAAUUUGAUGUCAUUCAAGACAACCAGAAAAGACAUGACAUCAAAGAGAGAAAAUCUUAGGCAAAUAUCAAUGUUUGAUUUCUUUUAUAUCAAAAUUUGAUUAUAGUUUAUAGUUCUGGAAUUAUUUAAAAAAAAAAAUUUCAUAUCAAAUACGUGAAAUCAUCAUUCGUGUGAAAGUGUGAUCUAAGCGUAAUUUUUAGUUACAAAAUGUAUCGUAAAUAAAUAAUAAAUCUAGUUAAAGAUAAUAAUGAAAGUUAUCGUAACGUAAAUAUACAUAAUGUAUUUAGUUUAAGUAUUGUUUCCUUUUUUACGAAGAUGAAAACUAACUUGAAGAAAAAAAUAUGAAUAAAGACAGAAAAAAAAACAAUAAAUUUCUAAGCGAAAGAAUGUGUAUAAUAUCCAUUGAGAAAAAGUAAUUAUAUAUACGAAUUACAAUUAUUUUUCAUUAUUAUAAUUAUUAUAUUAUAAACAUUAUGAUUUUUGUUGUUAAUGAACCAAAGAUGUUUUUGAUUUCUUUUUUGCAAAAACGAAAGCGGAAAGAAAAUGAGAAAAAUAUACCGGAAAAUAACUU